AUGGUUGGUGCUCACGGACACUGCACACACUUAUUCACCAGGGUCUUCUAUGUGACUGCAGUGGAUGAAAAUGGUCAAGAGUUCACGACAAGCCCCGGACCAGGGUUUUCAGCCGAGGUCAUCUUUGUUCGACCCGGUGGGAAACGGUCCUUGCUGAAGAGCCAGUGGUUUGAUCUUGGCGAUGGCUCGUUCAUGUGCCUGUUCUUCUUCAACGAGAUUCCAGACAAGCUGAUCAUCAAGGUUUCUUACCGGGGUCACCCUGUGGCAGACAGCCCGUACACCUUGUCUGGCACGACGAUGGAAGCCUGCGAUUGCCCGCAUGCAAGCAUGGAUGACUUUGAGUACAACUACGGCUGUGAUGUGUCGGAUCCCGCCAACCAGAUUGAAGCUGAUCUUGCGCCGUUUGCUGGCGGUAUCUCCAAAGAGCUCAUCGAUGAAACGAUGAAGAUGCUUGAUCGCAACGAGUCUUGUUAUGUGCACUACGUCAUUCGAAACGGGCGCAUCUUUGGGCAAGGACAUGGCCCCAUGCAAGGUUUCAAAAGCAUGAUGGACGACAUGCUGCUGUCACUGGCAUCAAAGACACCGCUGCCAGAUGUGGAGUUUGUGCUAAAUCUUGGCGACUGGCCACUCGCCUUUCACGCCAGCGCACACGGAGAGAAGAUGAGGCCGUAUCCUGUGUUCUCCUGGUGCUCAAGCACAAACCAUUCUGACAUCGUCCUCCCCACUUACAAGAUGACAACUGCCACCAUCUUUGGAAAGAACAUGGAACAGAUUCAAGUGGUGGAUGGCAAGGCGGGCAAGUUCGCUGAUUGGCAAUCAAAGCGCGGCGUUGCUUUCUUCCGUGGCCGCCCUUCCAACCAGGCCCGUGUGGACGCAAUGCUCAUGAGCAAAGAGCGGCCCGAUCUCGUUGACGCGCGCAUCACCAAGAACCAGUUCAACUACUUUCCAAACGAGGAGGCGAGGCGUGAGCACCGGGCGUUUGAGGCGAAAUACGGCAAGAAGGCUGAAUUGCAGCCCAUAGACACCUUCUUUCGCAACAAGUACUUGCUGAACAUUGACGGCACUGUCGCUGCUUAUCGCCUGGCCACCACCCUCGCUGGCACCAGCACGCUCUUCAAGCAGGAAUCUGACUAUUAUGAGCAUUUUUACAAUGCACUUGAGCCGUGGGUGCACUAUGUGCCUGUUGAGAGAAACCUCUCUGAUCUGUUCGACCGCGUCGAAUACGCCCAGCAGCACGAUGACGAGAUGCAAGCCAUUGCGCGGGCAGGCCGCGAGUUCACGCGCAAGCACCUCCGCAUGCCCGACAUCUACUGCUACCACCUCCGCGCCCUCCGCAAAUACAGCCGCUUGCUCACUUUCACGCCCCAGGUGCCGCCUGGCAUGGAGGAAAUUGUUUCCGACAAAGCGAGGAAGCAAUGUCCAUGCCCAACAUUUCCGGGAAAGCCGCGAUGGUGGAGCUCGGACUUGGUCUUGGGAACAGGGGUGGCUGGUGCCCUUGUUGCUGCCAUGGCAACAGUGUAUGCCAGAAGGAAGCAAGGCGGUGCCAAGGGCGGUAGGCGGCGCACACAUGCACAGGGCCGCGGAAAGAAGCAGAAGACCCCCAAGCGCAAGUAAUAACGAACAUCCAUCCAUCUAGCCGUAUACCUUCCAUGACAACGCCAACACCAAGACAACCAAUUGGCAUGCUUGCAUCACUACCACGAACAGAACCCACGCAACCUACACGCGACAGCUUCCCAUCUACCACGGUUACUCUCUUCCCUUGUUCUCUUCCCUUGCUCUCCUUGCUCGCUCACGUAUUGCUGGUGUGUUUGGGGCUUCAUGAAAAGCGGUGGUACCCCAGUGGUAUUCAAACCUACCUUUCAAUGUGUUGUUGUGUGUGAUCUCUGACAAGAACAUUGCACCACAUCCCGUUCCGCUCGCGCUUGCUUGCCACCAACGGAAAGUGAACCUGACAAGCUGCAGCUUGUCAAUAUGUGCAUUUCUGUUGUCAUUUCAACGCAUACUCUG